AUGGGCAGUGAACGUUUGGAACCGUUGGAAACGCUCGAGAAAGAUUAUUACUUAGAUGAACGUAACGACUGGUAUAGUGAAGGUGAACAAAGAGACAGCGAAAGUUCCGAUGAUGAAUUACGCGAGCAGUUACUGGAACUGGCUGGCAUGCGGUGUGACUCUGAGAAAGGAAAACAACGGGGAAAGGUGAAGAAGUGGGAUGAAUUUGAAGCAGAUAUGAACAGUGAACUGAGCGAAAAUUUUGUUGCGCAUGCAUCGAAAAUAUUUUCGUUGAAAGAAGGAAAUGCAAAGAAAUUAGAAAUUAACGACGAAAAUGAGAUUGAUGCAAAAGGUCAUGACAGCAAAGCCAUACAGAAUGAAACCACUUCAAACAGCUAUGUUUCCCCAUCAACGAGUAACAACAAUUUUUCAAAUAACUUUGCGAAAUCGGUAACUUUCGAAAACCAGCUCGACAAACUUACUGACUUUGAACGCAGUUCAAAAUCUUUCAGUAAUAACAGCAAUUUAUCAGAUAAGGCAUCAAACAAGGCAACGAAGAAAGCAAAAAAUGAAGCAGUUGAAUUUUAUGAUUCGGAUGAAGAUGAAGACAAUGAAUGUUGGGUACGGCAUCAUCGAGAACAAUUGAAAAUCGUAAAACCUUUGAACAGUUUUUCCAAUGAAGAUGACGGAUCGAAGCAAAAAAGAGAUCAGGAUCAUGCAACUGAUGCAGUACUGUCUUGUCCUGCAUGUAUGUCGUUAUUAACACGAGAUUGUCAAAGGCAUGAACUGUAUCUUAAUCAGUAUAGGGCUAUAUUUGUGGAGAACUGUAAUGUGGUAAAAAAUGAAGUGUUAUUUUUGCCUCAGUCAGGAAAAAAUAAGCAAAAAGCUCGAAAGAACGUUGCAGGAAUUAAGCCAAACGCUGUCGUUGAUGCUGGCGAUAGUACAAUCCUUCCAAAGGAAGAUUUAUUUCAUCCAGUCCUUUGUAGCAUUUGUACCACAAAUGUUGGAGUGUAUGAUUAUGAGGAGCUGGUUGGACAUGUUGUUUCCGUUCACUGA